UUAAGUAGGUGAUUAAUCUUAAGAUGGUCAAACUCCAAACUAGCAGUAGCAGGCAAACAAAACAACGGAGGCGGAGAAGAUGAAGAGAUUGGGCUUUCAUUAAAAGUUCAGAUACUGAUGAUAACACUGAAGACCUAGGGAAAGCUAUGGUUUUAAAAGCAUUCCCACUCGGAGUAGUACAAGUGGCCAAUAAUGCCAAUGGAGUUGAUGAAAAUGAGUUGGGAAAUGAACCGUAUGUGGGGUUAGAAUUUGAUUCAGCAGAUGAUGCACGUGAGUUUUACAGUCAAUAUGCCGCACGUGUAGGAUUCAAAAUUCGAAUUGGUCAGUUGUAUCGUUCUCGAACUGAUGGGUCAGUUUCUUCUAGGAGAUACGUUUGUGCGAAGGAGGGAUUUCAGCUCAAUUCAAGGACAGGUUGCCCGGCCUUCAUUAGGGUACAGAAGCGUGAUUCUGGGAAGUGGGUUCUUGACCAAGUCCAGAAGGAUCACAAUCAUGAUCUUGGAUCUGCCGACGAAAAUUGUUCACCUAUUGUACAGCAGAGAAAUCCUGCAGUUGUAAAAUCAUCAGUUAAUACGUCACAAAGGUCCAAAAUCAUAUCAUUUGGGAAAGUUGAUAAAGGACGCCCAUGCUCAUCUGGUGUCAUUAGUGUCAAACGCCUUAGAAAGGGAGGAGAUGAAGGGGAAUGCAUAGCCGAACCAUACUCAGGUCUAGAGUUCAAUUCAGCUAAUGAAGCAUACCUAUUUUAUCAAGCAUAUGCUAGAUUUACUGGAUUUAGAAUUCGGAUUGGUCAGUUGUUUCGCUCGAAGAAUGAUGGGUCAAUUACAUCCCGGCGAUUUGUGUGCUCAAAGGAAGGGUUUCAACACCCUUCAAGAGUAGGGUGUGGAGCAUUUAUGAGGAUAAAGAGACAUGAUUCUGGAAGUUGGAUAGUGGACCGUCUUGAGAAAAAUCAUAAUCAUGAUCUGGAUGGUCGAAUUGAGACCAGUAAGAAAAUUUCUGCAACUUCACUGAAAUUCAUAGACGAGGUGAGUGAUGGAUUGGACUCUGUGGAUCUAGCUGAAAUAAACAACAGCAUAUUUGGGAAAGCAAGUCAUGAAAACAACAUUGGAAGUGAUUGGUAUUGUGUGCUAUUUGAGUAUUUUCAAUCCAAACAAGCAGAAGAUACAGGAUUCUUUCAUUCAGUAGAAGUUGUUGAUGGUAGAUGCAUGAGUGUUUUCUGGGCAGAUGGUAGGUCUAGAUUUUCAUGCAGUCAAUUUGGUGAUGCCAUUUUUUUUGAUACUUCAUAUAGGAAGAGUAAUUACCUGGUACCAUUUGCAACAUUUGUUGGAGUUAACCACCACAAACAACCAGUGCUUUUGGGGAGUGCUUUAAUAGCUAAUGAAUCGAAGGAGUCUUUCGGUUGGUUGUUUCAAACAUGGCUUCGGGCAAUGUCUGGAUGUUGUCCAAAGUCAAUUAUAGCUGAUCAAGACAUGGCUAUCCAACAGGCAAUUGCCCAAGUUUUUCCUAGGACUCGCCAUCGUUUUUCAAUGUGGCAGAUUAGGGUCAAGGAACGAGAGAUUUUGAGGUCAAUGCCUAAUGAAUUUAUGAAUGAGUAUGAGAAGUGCAUCUAUCAGAGUCACACAAAUAUCGAAUUCAAUACCAUGUGGACUGAACUUAUAAACAAAUAUGGCUUGAAGGAGAAUCUUUGGCUCAAACAAAUGUAUGAAAAGCGUGAUAGUUGGGUUCCAUUGUACUUACGUGGCACCUUCUUUGUUGGCAUCCCAAUAGGUGAAAACAUUGAAUCAUUCUUUGGCACAACUUUAACUGGCCAGACACCACUAAGAGAGUUUAUCUCACGAUACAAUCAAGGUCUUGAGAAACGGCGUGAGCAGGAAAGGAAAGAAGAUUUCAACACACUUAAUCUGCAGGCGAUUCUACAAACGAAGGAACCAAUGGAAGAGCAAUGCAGAAGGCUUUAUACCCUAGCUGUUUUCAGGAUAUUUCAGAACGAACUUCUGCAAAGCUAUAGUUAUUUUGGAAUAAAGACUUAUGAAGAAGGAAGCAUUGUCAGAUACUUGGUGCGGAAGUGUGGAAAUGAGAAUGAGAAGCAUGUUGUAACCUUCAGUCCUCUAAAUGUGAGUUGCAGUUGUCAGAUGUUUGAAUUUGAAGGCAUGCUUUGCAGGCAUAUCUUAAAAGUGUUAAACCUGUUGGACAUAAAGGAAAUUCCAUCUCAAUAUAUCUUACAUCGGUGGACAAGAAAUGCUGUGUAUGGUAUUGUCAGUGAUGUAGAAUCAAGGGUUAGCUUUCAAGAACUCAGGGCCAUAAUGUUGUGGAGUUUAAGAGAAACAGCAUGUAAAUACAUAGAAUCUGGGACAGGAUCUUUAGAAAAGUACAAACUUGCCUAUGAGAUAAUGAGAGAAGGCGGGAACAAACUUUGUUGGCAAAGGUAAACACAUCGGACCUGAGUUCAGUGAAAUUUUUGUAUUUUGCACUACCUGUUUGGCUUCUUUCUAGCUGAGUCUUAGUUAUGUAACUAAAAAUCAUUGACUUGCUUUGGGUAAA